ACCGCCGCGGCUCUCGCUGCAUUGUUAUCGGGGGAAAGGCUGCACCCUGUCAGCCAGCAGCGCCAGGCCCGGCCGCCAUCUUACUGCGCUCUUGUUGGACAGAAAAAAGAAACGCCCCGGCGAGCGGCGGCGGCUAGAGGCCUCCAGCCGCCUUCUCCCCUCAGCUGGUCGCGGACGGUCGAGCUGUGCGGAGCGGCCGCUGGAGAAGCCGAGCUGAGCUUUCCUGGAGCGAGGGAGCGGCGCUCCGCCUUGGCCCGUGUGUGUGUGUGUGUGUGUGUGAGUGUCGGCGGGCGGGCGGCCGGCCGGGCGGGGGGCGGGCGCUGUGUGAAGCGGUGGCUGCUUCAGCCGAGGCCCGGGCCCGGCUCCGGCUCCGGCUCGGGCUCCCUCGUGUGCGGCUAGCAGUAGGAGGAGGGAGUGGAGCUGGCCUCUGUGGUUGGAGAGGCCAGUGUGUCUGCGUCUCAGCACUGCAUGGCUGCGAUGGCGCCCGCUCUCACAGAAGCGGCAACUGAAGCUCAUCAUAGGUUCAAACUGGCGACACCAUCCUCCUCCCUCUCUCCAUCAGGCACAACAGACAGUGACAAUAGCAAAUCCCUUAACAAUAGUACCAAACGGAAAGCCUUCGCAGACGACCACGGUCUGGAUUUCCGGAAUAACUCCAGGAACGAAGAUCGCUGCAAGUUGGUGUCUUCUUACCGCUGUCUUGAUGCAGCAUCUCGUCCACCUCCUCCCCCAGAAUCAGUGAAACUACAAGGAUCUUUCAGCAAGCACGCAGUCAUUAAGUCUCAUACCAUUUUGUCCCAUUCUUUAUUGGACACUGGUGUGAUUAGGGCAGAGCUGGUUGGUGGGCAGCCAGCCUUGGAAUUUUCUCCUGGCCUUUUGAAAACAAUGAGUACAAGUAGUAGCCAACCUUCACGGCCUUCUCCCCCACAACCGCCAGUAAAUGGCUUGGCCAAGAAGUCUGCUGUUAAUGUACGCUCAGAUUCUGAUCUGAAUAGUGCAGAGGCUGCGGGAAAAGCCAUUGCCCCAGGGCUGCCACGCAUUGGGUCCACCCAAGUGGAAGAUUCUAGCAAAUUGGCCUCCAGUAGUAAUAUAACAAAAAGGGAAGUGGCAGGAGAACAAGAUACCUUGGAAGAAUUGAGCACUAUUACUGAGGAUUUAUCCAAAUCGGAGCCUGCCAGGCACCCAGAGUUUGGAGAAAAUGGCAUUGUUAAUACUGGGGCUAUGUCUUUUACAGAGGGCUCUGCUAGUGGAGUUUCUGGAAAUACUGAUGAGCGCAAACCUUCUGUCUCAAAAACAAACACCAUUAGCAUUCGGGAUACGGAGCUUCACAGUAGGACGCUGCUGGCUCAGACCAGGCAAAGUGAAAUUGAAAGAAGGGCUUGCAGGCUUCGGAAACGACUAGAAGUUGUUCAGGCAAAGCAGGUGGAGCGUCACGUCCAGCAGCAACUGGGAGGAUUUGUGGAGAAAACUGUACCCAAACUUCCACAUUUGGACUGUUUGAAACGUCAGGAUGGAUCACUGCGAAAUCAGCAGUUGGUUUUCGCUUGCAAAUCUGAUUCUGCCUCAUGGAAAGGGGGUGAAAGCAUUUCGGAAACAUUGGCAAAUUUCUUUAAGAGCAGUUCAGUGUCUAAAGGGCUUGAAAAAUUUAUUUCAAGCUCUGACUCAAAGCUACGAUUCAGCGAGAAUGCCUUUGAUUCGGAUGUUACAGAGAGCAGUUCUGGUGGGGAGUCUGACAUUGAAGAGGAAUCAUUGACCAAAGUGGAAAUGGAGCAAUAUCACGUGCCAAUGUGGCAGCGCUCAGAAUGGCGGUGGGCAAUCGAACGGGCUGCAAUUGUGAGUCGCUGGAACUGGCUACAGGCUCAUGUAUCAGAUUUAGAAUAUCGCAUCCGCCAACAGACAGACAUUUACAGGCAAAUCCGUGCCAAUAAGGGUUCAGUUGUGCUUGGAGACUCUCCGCCCCCAGAAGACUUGAGCCGGCUGGUAGGAAGCUCCCCAGAUGGGUCUGAUUGUCUAUCUCAAACUGAACUGAAAGCGAAUGGCGCUGGUGGCAAGCUUGAGGUGUCAGCCUGUAGUCAUUCUUCGCUUCCUAAAAUUGUGGGUAAACAGGUUAUUUCCCCUGUUAACGCUGUAGAAAAUGUGGCAUCUUGUUCUACAUCGACAGAAUCUAUAUCAACAAAACCCUGCAGUCACCUUAAGCCCGUCAAUGGAGUGGUCAACAGUGUUCACAGUUUACUGCCAGACAACAGUUCCACUGACAGCUCGGAUGCUGAGGAACUAUUAAAUAAAAAACAGAGGUUGAAUGUGUUGCCAGUACUACCCGAUAACACCUGCAUCGCAGCUCGAGUUCGUCCACUAUUGACCUGUAAAAAACGGAGGCUCAUCAGGCCCAACAACAUUCAGCCACUGAACCGGAAGACCCAGCGUCAUCUUUCAGUGCGAUGUAACUGUGACAUCACAACAUCUUGCAUUAUGUGUGGCUCCAAGAAUUCUGAGUCACUUGAGAAUCGAUAUGACAUGCCCAUGUCAGAACGGCUAGCACUGUUAGAUCCCUGUCUCCACCCGGUCCUUUCGGUUUCUGAUGACAUUCCACAGAGCAUGCACUUCCAGCCUAUACUGAAAGGUCAUUGGCAAAAUAAAUCACUGGACAAGAACAAAGCCUCCAAAAAGCUCUCAUUAAAACAUAAAGGCUUGUUAACGGCCAGCCUGUCAGAUCCAUCCCGCAGAGCACGACAAAAACUUGCCAACUCCAUAAUCAGCUCAGACAAGUAUGCUCACAAUAAGAAUCGUACAGAGAAGCCAUUUAAACAGCACUUAGAUGAUUUACUGUCUGUGUCUAAGCUGGAGAGUACUCCAAUGCAGGAAAAAUUCCUGAACAAAAAGAGGCAGCGAGAACUGUCAGCAGAGCUAACAGAGGCCAGACAGGCUCUGUCAGAUAUGGGGAGUUCAUACAGUUCUACAAUUAGCUCUCAUAGCUCAGCUCACAGCCCAUUGCUGCGACAGCUGUCCACCUCAUCGGAAAGCUCUGCACAGAAUACAACCAACACACAGAGCCUGGCGUCCACACUGCAGGCAGCCAGGAGGAGAAGGGGAGAAAGUUCCUUUGACAUUAACAAUAUUGUGAUCCCGAUGUCUGUUGCUGCAACCACUCGUGUGGAGAAGCUCCAAUAUAAGGAGAUCCUGACACCAAGUUGGCGUGUCGUGGAUGUAAAGCCUGAUUCAGCAAAUCACAGACUCAAUGAAGAGGACCAUGAAGAGAUGGAGGAUUUUUCUGAUGCAGUGUUUGCAUCUCGGCAUGCAAAGUACGAGGAGUUUGAGCGUUUGAGGUGGACAACGUGGACAGCCUCUCCAGUCAGUGCGCAGAGACGCGGAAGCAGAUCUUACAAAUCAACAGAUGAACAUUCCACCCCUCAGCCCGGUAACACAAAUCCUUCGACCCCUCAACCUGCUUCCCCUGAUGUCAGCUUCCAUAGUCUUGGAGAUUUACCCCUCACACCUUCACCGUGCAGCCCUUCUGCACCUCCGGUCAGCCCAGACACGUUUUAUUCUUCUCUUUCUCGAGAAAGUGCUGGACGGGUUUCAAAUGAGGAUACACGCUGUUCAACUCCAGAUAUUGGUCACGAAGAACAGACCAUUCAACCAUGGGAGAAGCGAGCAUUUCCACUGGCGUGUGAUCCUGGGACUGAACGUGAGAGUCGAGCUGAAACCAGCCAUAGACAGACCAGAAACAGUCGUCGAUCAUCUGGAAGCAGCAGAGGAAGCAAGGAGGCAGAGAGUGGUGCACUGUCCUCAGUUCAGCACAAUGACAAACAGAGACAUUCUGUACCUCUGCGGCUUACACACAGAUAAACAACAUUUAGUGGCAACUACACUUUGUUCUUGACGUUUGAUAUUCAAACAUCGCUCAAACAAAAUUCACAGUUUUUAGUGAAUUUAGAGUCCAUUUUAGAUAGCUUUCUUAGAUUAAACUUUUUGUCACCGGCCACAGUUAUCACGAUGAAGAGGUUAGUUUGGUUAAGUUAGAUUCUAGGGUAAAAGCUGGAUUGACUGAUAUUUUGGGUAUUUGGCUAUAUCAGUAGACCUGUAAACAAAGUUGCUAACUUCAUUUGGUUGCGUGUAGUGAUUAUCGAUCUCUUAAAUCAACAGUGGAGCACACACAAUGUUUAAAAGCAGUCCUAUUUCAUCAUUGUUUUUUGUUCCUGUUUUGCCAUUUUCUUGUCGGCGGCAAAGAUGAUCAAAUGUUUCACUCUUAAGAAAACUGCAUCACUUCCUACUUUAAUGAGCUUUGGAGGAAGCAGUAACCAAAGUGCACCUUGGCCAGCAGCUCUAUCCUGGAGAUUAAAUUGAAACAAACACUAUAGAGGUUUGAAUUGAAUUUAUUCUAGACUUGGUGAGUUGCUCAAUGUCAUGGUCAUGAGCACUUCCUGAGCUAACUGUUUUCAAAGGGGGAAGAUUGUUGUAUAGUUGUAAUAAUUUGGACAAUUGGAUCCCUGCAACUCACGGUUCCUUACUGGUUUCUGCAUUUUGCGUUGAAACUGCUGCAAAGUGGCAGCCUGGAAUCAGAUGUUCGGUUCAGCAUUGGCAACUUGAAAGACUUGUGGUCAAAUCCCAAUGGAGUUAAGGUGUUAUGUCUGCCUUGGGUGCCUGUGGGAGUAAGGCUGAAUUGGCAAUAAAUGUACAGAUAGCAUUCCAAUUCUAUCAUCACAAAUAAACCUUCCUCUUUAAUCAACUCAGUGUUAAAUGAGGUGACAGCUGUGCGGUCGUCUUGAAGAGAGCUGUGUGAAGGUGGGGGCAGAUUUGGGUUAGUGCUCAUGCUGUCACUGCAAAUGAUCUGCAGAGAGAACACAGGCAAAACCCUCAGCCAGGCAUGCACAUUUACAUUUAUUCCCAUCUGAAAUACUGGCAGUAAGUUGUGUUGAGCAGUGGAUUCCAUGCUGAAAUAAUCAAAGAUUUAAUUUUCUCCAUAUAUAGUUCCAUUCUAUUUGAACCUCAGGCAGUUACUUCAGCACUUGAUCAGGAUAUUGAGCUAAUGAGGUGCUACAGUGCAGGAACACAGGGGGCUUUAAUUGCACUUGCAUACAAAACUAGGGCCAACUUGGGAGAUGUUUAAAAUUAUAUUUUAAAAGCUGAGAACAGUAUUCCUGCACAAUGACUGUACUGUAAAAGUAAUACCCUAAAAGGGAAAGAGUAUAGAAGUUCAGGAAGUACACAGCAGCCCAGAGAGCACCUGAAUGAGAAGAGGCCAGUUGGUUUGGAUGAAGACCUAUCAUAAUAGCUCCUCCAAAACAAGCUGCUGUUUUCAUCUCACUUCAUGCAUUUUCCACCUCAUUCUUCACUCACCUUCCUGACCUGCAGGCGUUAUUAAUUUUGAGGGAUGGAAUUUGAAUUUUCACUAACACCACCAAUUCUGUGGUGGAAUUGUUGAUAUUUUCUGGGAGCUAGCGUGAAUGGAGGAGACUCAAGCUUUGCAGAAUUAUACACUCUGAUCUCCUUGUUGAACUUUCCUUGUGGAUAAAAUUUAUGAAGGUUGGAGGUGCUCCAUCUUAAGUGCUACUUUACUUCAGUAACCUUGUUUUCUAUUUUCUGGCAGUAGAGAUCCAUUAAACACAGCCCCCUAUAAUGUGAUGUUGGGAAAAAGGAACAGCUAUUGGCACAAAAUAUUGAUGACAGAUGAGCAUCGACUUCCACCUAAUGUAGGACUUAGCACUUCUAAAGCCAGUCCAAUGAGGGAAGAAUCCUCUCCACCCAUCACUUGGUGUAUUUUAAGAGCUACUCUACAGGAUUAGAAUGUUCUUUAAAAAGAGAUAGCAAAACAAAUGACUCAUCCUUGCCUGCUGCUGAUGAAUCCCAUGCAGAGCAUCAUUUGAAUGUGGCUGCGGCCUGUUCUGGGUCAGCAAGUGGCACGCAAUAAUAAAAGCCAAACUCCCGAGUUCCAACCGUUCUUCUCAUUUAGAUUGGUGUAGAGAUAACUACACUACUGUGUGGCAGUCUUCCCUGCUCCUUGAUUGGGACUGGUUGGUAUAAUUCAUUCCCAUGUUCGUUGACCCAGGGGAGAGAUGGACAGCAGCAGGGUAUGUUGUCUUCCUUUUGAAAGAGAGAGACAAGUGCAGGGGAUCGACCAUCUGGAACUAGUUUGUCCACAAGCUGCUUGUUGGGUGCAUUGAGGAAAAUCACUUUUUUUUAAUUAUGGGAGGGGAGUGGAGGAAAGGAUGUGAAAACUUGUGUUUCAUAUCAUGGUGUUGGUAAUGAAGAGCGUGAUGUGUGCAGUCUGAAUGCAGCAAUUCACUGUAGCAAAACCUAAUUCAGGCUAUCUCUCAGUUUGCCUCUGUGAGCUGCCUGUACUCAGCAUAUCCAUCUAAUUUGGGCCAACCUCUGACCAGUGUCACAAUGAUGGUAAUAACGUUUUAAAUGUGCAUUUAACCAAGGCUCAAUUAAUUGUUGAGAUUAGAAAAGAUUGAUCCAUGUUGGAGGAUUUCUGUUAGCUGUUUGAGGUUUUCAAAACUUGCAAAGCAAAAUAGGGGAAACCUGUUGUGAUCUAUGGUUUGCUAAAGAAGAGAUUUUUUCUAAACCAUAAUCAGAGAUGGGUCUUAUUUGGGCUGAGCAGUGGCAUUCAGUAACCCAACUACUGCUCUGUUUUCUGUAGAGUGCUAAAUGUUCUUUAGGUUUAUACAGUUUCCUAAGUGUGACUGUCAUACAUAGCCCGUGGGUGUGACUGUGUCAUGUGCAAGUGAUCAAUAAUCCUGGAUACUUUACCUCUGUUCUGUAGCACUGCUGUGUGAAGAUUUGAACAGAAUGAAUCUAGAUCAGUGUUAACCUAUAUUUAGGUUUCAACUAAUGUUCCUCUUUUCUCAGUGCUUAGCAUUCUGUGAAUGCGGAACAUCAGAAACAAACAGCUUGGUAAAAAGCAUAGCAGAUUCUCCCAUUCACUCAAAAACCCAAUGUAUCUUAACUGUUCAGAACAUCACCCUGUCAAGAAAAGCCUGAUAGCACAAACCAUACUGUUAAAUUCUUUUGGGGUAUUUGCCUUGAAACCUGGAGUCUUGUGACUUAAAACUGAGAUUUCUAACUGAAUCAGUGCAGUCAGACAGUUAGUAAAUUGAUAUGGUCACAGUCCUAUCUUUUGGACUUUCCUGUGCUCGUGAUAGAGUUAACACAAUAUGAUGUGUCCAACAAUUCAUUGCACCCAAAAAGCAGCCAUCUUCAUUUUCAUUAAGACAUUUCAGGUCAGUCUGUGCAUCCUAAUGCCCUGUCUAUACCACACCAUCUAUUCAUUCACCCAGUAAUGGUUCUGCCCUUGCGUGACUUGUGUCUCCAGUCAGUUAGUCAAGCUGAGAAUCCAAAGUACUUUUACAUUUUGCUUAAAUGUUUGCAUUCAUGAGCCUUUUAGUGCUUGUUCAGCCAGGGCCAUUUGUCACUUUACCAGUCUUGGAGUUGUGUGCUUUUCGAUCAUGUGGAGUUGUUAGCUUUUAAGAUGCAUAAUCCAGAUUUUAUUCUAAAAGCAAUCUGUUUUCAAGUCCUUAAAGAGCUGUGGAUAGGUUCCUCAGGCAGGUUUUUUUAUGCCUGUUUCUGGAAUUUUGGGAGUACGUUGGAAGCAGUCUGCUAUCAAAGUAGCAUAGUUUCAUUCCUGUAACGAAGGAAGCCAAUCAGCCAUCAAGCCCAUGCCGGCAAAGUAGAAAAAGUGAAGAGGAAAUGCUUGUGUGUAAGGACCCACUUGAAUCUCCAUUCCCACCCAAAUUUGUUUUCAACCUGCAGCCAUAAGAAUAUUGCUUGUAGACUUGAACCUGUCUAUAGGUCAACCUGCCUCGUUGAAACCUGGUAGCCCACCUACUCACACACCCCUUGUUUUAAGGGAUGGUGAAGUCUGUUGGAGCAACCCUUGGGUUAGAUUUCCAUUUCUUAAAGAAGUGAUAUUUGGUGUUUGUGCUGCAGACACAAUGUGGCCAUCUCCACUUUAACGUCGUCCCCUAUCAUUUUGAAAAUUGUUCAAACUGUCCUUCAGUUGUACCUGUUCCUUCCCAUGUGGUGUCGAAAGCUAGUUCAUUGUUAGCUUUGUGCCUGUCUGUAUAUUUCCAUCUCAAAAGUCAUUGAAAAGUGUAAAAAAAAAUCAAUUUUUUGAUCUUUUAUAUACAUUAAACAAAAAUUGUAGCUGACUGCUUUGAUUGUAGCACCCCUUAGCCUUGUAAAAAUGUUCUAUUUUGUACAUAUUUUCUCUUUUUUGAAAGCUGUGUAUGGAGGUAUGGGCUCUAGUUGUCCUUGCUGUAUAGAAGGCUUUUCUUCAUGCAGAGAAGCAGUGACUUUAUGACUUAAUCAACCCUAAUGUUAAGCACAUCCUGUGCUUAUAAAAAUUUUAAAAAUAUUAAAAAAAAGUUGAAGACUU